AUGAAGGAUCUUCAUUCAACAGCUUUCCCUUCCCGUCACACCAGUCAAUGCGACUCCUGCGUUUUCCAGCACCAUUCUCUGCGCAGCCCAGACUUUAGCCAAGCCUUCAUUGGAGGCCAGAAAGGCUACCAGGCCUACCGGGACCUACCAUGGGAUCUUCAGAAAAUUCGUCAGUCACCUAUCAAAAUAAGGCAUCUUGAGCCCUGGAAAAUCGCUGUAAUCGUUAUUGGAGCAGCAGUGGCAGCAGCUAUCACCAUUGGUCUCCUAGUUUAUUUUCUGGCAUAUGAUCAGAAGCUGUUCUAUUACAGUGCCAAUGUAAAAAUCACCAACAUCCGGUACAAGAAUGAAUUUUCCAGACAAUCCUCAGGAAGGUUUAGAGACCUGAGCGAGAGGGUUGAGAGACUGAUCGACAAGACAUUUUACAAUUCCAUUUUAAGGAAAAAAUACAUCCGUUCACGCUUAAUCAGAGUGAGCCCAGAUACUGAUGGUGUGAUGGCAGAGGCUUUGCUCACAUUCUGGUUCUCCGCUACGGACUCUAGAGAAGCACUGCGGGAAAGAGUUGGGAAGAUCUUACGGAGGGGCCUGAAAAGAUACACAGGGCCUCUGAGGAUAAACGUCCGAUCUUCCUCCAUCUCAAAUGUGGAGCCAGUGAGAGCAGAAGCCAUCUUCAAUGACAUCUGCGGGUUACGGCAGAACAGAUCAGUCAAGUCCAUGGCAAAAUCCUCAUCGCUGCGGAUCGUUGGCGGAUUGUCCUCUGCAGAGACCGGGGACUGGCCGUGGCAGGCCAGUCUGCAGUACAACAACAUCCAUCGCUGUGGUGCGACGCUCAUCAGCAACACAUGGCUGGUGUCUGCAGCUCACUGCUUCAGAGACAUGACUCACCCUCAGAAGUGGACUGCUACUUUUGGAGCUCUUUUGAAGCCACCAAGCUUGAAGCGAUCAGUCAAGACAAUUAUCAUCCAUGAGAAGUACCUGUACCCAGAGCACGACUAUGACAUUGCACUAGUGCAGCUCUCCAAACGAGUGGAGUUCACGAGCAGCAUACACCGCGUCUGUCUGCCAGAGCCAUCUCAGACCUUUCCCUACAAUACUUACGCUGUCAUCACAGGCUGGGGAGCUCUCACCAAUGAUGGUCCAGCCCCAAAUGCUCUUCAGGAGGCAACAGUGAAACUUAUUGACUCAGAUACUUGCAACAGAAAAGAAGUGUAUGAUGGGGACAUAACACCCAGGAUGUUGUGUGCGGGAUACUUGGAAGGAGGAGUAGAUGCUUGUCAGGGGGACUCUGGGGGACCACUGGUUACUCCAGACUCUAGACUGAUGUGGUACCUCGUGGGAAUAGUGAGCUGGGGAGAUGAAUGUGCCAAGCCAAAUAAACCUGGAGUUUACACACGAGUGACUUAUUUCCGUGACUGGAUUACCACAAAAACAGGCAUCUAA